GCCCCGCGGCUGAGCGGGUCCCGCCGGGGCUCCAUGGGCUGCACCGGCAGCGCCCUGCGCUGCUGCCCCGUCGGUGCCGAGAGACAGCUAAAAGCCCAGCAGCAAAGGGGAUCGGCUUCCCAGGAGCUCACAGUCUUGAAGACAGAGAAUGCCAAUGCCUCCCUGCUUUCUGAGGACGGGAAAAAGAAGGCAGUGCUGCCAGAGGAGUGGACAGAAAGUGCAAGAUUCCUCCAAGGCCAGGAGGAGGAGGAGCAGCUGCAAGAUGCUGGCCAGGCAGGCACCACAAGCAUCAUCCAGGACAUUCACAUCCAGGUGGAAAAGGCAAAAGAGCUGGAGCUGAAGGAGCAGUUUGAUGCCCUGAAAAGAGAGCACAUGGAGACCCUGCAAGAGCUCCAGAGAGCACACGAGAAGGAGAAGCUGCUGCUGGCAGAGUCCCACCACAGGUCCCAGGUGGCCUUACAGGAGACAAUUCAAGCACUGAAUUCCCAGCUGAAAUCCUUCCAGGAGAAGAUGAAGCGGGUGGAAGAGUCACUCCUGAGCACAGACUACAAGAAGCACAUCCAGGAGUAUGGGAGCCCCAGCCCCUUCUGGGAGCAGGAGCUGGAGAGCCUGCACUUCGUCAUUGAGAUGAAGAAUGAGCACAUCCAUGGCCUGGAUAAGAAGCUGCUGCACCUGGAGAACGUGGAGGAGAAGAACCUUCUGCUGGAGGAGAAGGUGAAAACUCUCCAGCAGGAGAACGAGGACCUGCAAGUUCGCACCCAGAACCACUUGGUCAUGGCAAGCUGUCGGAGGAGCUGCAGGCCGCCCGUGGGGCGCUGGAGAAGGAGGCACAGCUGCGGGAUCAAGCUCACCGUGAGAAGGAGGAGCUGCUGUACCGUGUGCUCAACGGGGGGGACGGCACCCCCUUCCCCCUGGCUGCCGGCGAGGUGCCCCUCAUCGCCACGUAGCACAGCGCCCACGGCACCGCGUGCUGCCGGGGGGGCUGCCGGGGCUUUCCCCGGCUGUGUGAGCCCAGGGCUGCUCUCACAAGUGCCCCCCCAGCCGGGGCAAGGCUCCAGGCUGGCCGAGCCCUCGGGGCGCCCCGUCGGACCGGAGUAAUGGAGCAUUUCACAGGACACUUGCGCCUGCCUUUCCCCAACCCGUGCGGGGCUGCAGAGGGACCCUGGCCACCCACCUGUGCCAUCCCUGCACCCCUUCCUCUGGCAGCAGUCUGUGGGGUGCUGUCUGGGGGUGAAAGGGGUCAGCCAGGACACAUAGGCUUGCAUUGGGCUGAUCUGACCCAGCACUUGGCUCUGAGCAUAACCAGCACCAGUGCUGCCCAAGGCGUGAGGUGAGGAUGAUGAGGUGGUCACUAGGAUGGGGAUGAGCACUUGGAGGAUGAGGAGGGCACUGGGAACAUGGCAUUAAGGUACUUCCAUAGGCAGGGCUCCCAUCCCUGCCCUCCUCCUCCCAUCACCUCCAUCACCUUCAGCAAAUGUCUCCCAGGGGUUGCUCCUAUAGCCCGGGUGUGUCCCUGCUCACUGCCACAAAGACCCCAAGCCCUCCUUGUCCCCGCUGCCCAUCAGCAGCACCACCAACCCCAUCUCCUGCCCCAAAGCUGGGCAGAGGCUGCAUGCCAGAGCUGCACAUUCGGGGAGCAGAGCAUCCUCCCAAGGGACAGCAGGCUUCAGCAGGUCAGAUCCUGCUCCGAGCCCGUGCAUCCCCAUCAGGGAAGAUGCUGCCAGCAUGGCUGUGGGUCAGGGCUGGAUGCACACAAGCACUUUCCACUGGGUGCAUGAGUGUGGUGGGACAGUCACUGCUCUGGGGCUGUCACUGGCCCGUCCUCUCCCCAGGGCUGUUUAGCCAGGGGUGUGCAUGUGUGUGUGUGUGUGUAUGUGCACCAGGCCAACGUGCUACUGGCUGUAACAGUUACAAGUUUGUAAGAAGCAGCAGCCUCAAGAAUUCCAUGUCGGUGGUUUUGGUAACUGGUGCAGGAACAUCCCAGAGUGGGGCUGUGUGCUCUGAAUCCCGUGUGGUGGGAAAAUGGGGAGGGUGGGAGCAGGCCCCACAAAGACACAACAAGGGAGCCCCAGAGGAGGCCCCUACAGCUGAUCCCUCUUUUCCUUCU